AUGGAGAAGGCCGGCUCAAAACAAUGGCCUGCCACGUUCGGCCCCGACGAUGAACGCCCGACCCAUAGCUCCGAGGAGACAGUUGGACAUAUCGAUGACACCCGCACGGCCGUCGGCCCAACCGCCGGAAAGGUGGGGGGCGAUGGGAACGUCGAGGGUCAAGUAGGCAAGCGUGAGCUUACGGAGAAGGACUGUGAGGGAGAGCUCGGAUUUGCCUUUCCGACGUGGAAGAAGUGGUGGAUUCUCACCGUCAUCUUCCUCGUCCAGACCUCGAUGAAUUUCAAUACCUCUUUAUAUUCGAACGGGCUCGAGGGAAUCUCGGGGCAUUUCAACGUCGGUGAGCAGGCCGCCCGCGUCGGAGCCGCCGUUUUCCUCAUCACCUACGCCUUCGGCUGCGAGCUUUGGGCGCCUUGGUCGGAGGAAAUCGGUCGUAAGCCGGUCUUGCAGGCAUCUCUGUUCCUCGUCAACAUCUUUACUCUGCCCGUCGCUUUAGCCCCCAACUUUGGCUGUCUCGUUGCCGGCCGAGCCCUCGGGGGGCUCGCUACAGCAGGGGGCAGCGUUACAUUGGGGAUGAUAGCCGACAUGUUCGAGAGCGACCGGCAGCAGUAUGCCGUCGCUUAUAUCGUCUUCUCGUCCGUCGGCGGAUCGAUUCUUGGCCCGAUUGUUGGCGGGUUUGUUCAGAUGCUCCCUCCGGCGCAAGCCUGGAGGUGGUGCAUCUGGAUUCAGCUAAUAUUUGGUGGUGCUGUGAUGCUACUGCACCUAUUCACGGUCCCGGAGACGCGUACGACGAUAAUGCUUGACCGGAUCGCCAAGAAACGUCGACAGACGGGCCAGGACCCCGACGUCUACGGGCCGAACGAGCUCGUGUCAUUCUGGGCCAGGUUUACCUUUAAGGAGCUGAUGUAUACCUGGCUACGGCCGUUCCGCAUGUUCCUUACGGAACCCAUUGUACUGACGCUGUCACUCCUCUCCGGAUUUUCCGAUGCUCUCAUCUUCAUGCAGAUUCAAUCUUUUGCGCUCGUAUACAAGCAGUGGGACUUUGCCCCUUACCAAAUUGGUCUGUCGUUCAUCCCCAUUGGCCUCGGCUACGUGAUCGGUUGGCUUCUAUUCCUACCAGCGUUCGAGCGGAACCAGAAGCUCCGUGAAAGGCAUCCCGAAAAUGAGCACGCGCAAUACGAAUCACGUCUAUCCUUACUUCUCUGGCUUGCCCCUUGCCUCCCGAUUGGCCUCAUAAUAUUUGCAUGGACAAGUAGUGGCCCGCCCCUCCAUUGGAUCGGCUCGAUGUUCGGAACCUGCAUCAUCGGUAUUGCGAACUACGCCAUCUACAUGGCCACAAUCGAUUACAUGAUCUGUGCCUACGGACCGUACUCUGCAUCAGCUACGGGUGGCAACGGUUGGGCUCGUGAUUUCCUGGCCGGUGUACUCACCAUCCCGGCAACGCCCUUUUACACUAACAUUGGAUCCGAGAAGGGUAUGAACUUGCCCUAUGCGUCGACCAUUCUCUUCUGCAUCUCCUUCGCCCUAGUGGUCGCCGUGUAUGUAAUCUACUGGAAAGGCCCGACACUUCGGAAGCGGUCGCCCUUCGCCCAGAGCUUGGCCCAGGGCACUGCUUCGUUCGGGGGCCAUCAUCUUAGUGCCGUUCGUUCUCACCGGCCGUCGACAGCAGAAGGGGGAUAUCGGCCGCCGACAGCUCUGGGUCGUGGGCCGUCAACCGAACCAAGUGCUGAACUUAUGCAGCAGCGUCCUGGUGACCGUAUGUCGGCGUCGCGGCACAACUCGUACUACUCGAGCCAACAAGCGGCAAGUCGACGCCACAGCCGGCAAGCUAGUCGUAACGCAAGCAGAGGGAACAGUCUCGAACGCGAGCGACGAUCUGACGAAGAGAAUGGUGCAGUCUCUCAUCACAGUCUGUCUCACACCCUCCAGAACCUGAACAGCGUCGUCUUGGCGCCGGCAGAACAGAAGCGCCCCUAG